AUGCCCAGCGACGUACGCAUGCACGUCAUCCUCGUCCCGUUCCCGGCGCAGGGCCACUUCGCCGCGUUCCUCUCCCUCACGGCGCGCCUCCACGCCGCGCUGCCCACGGCGGCCGUCACGCUCGUGUCCACCUCGCGCAACGUGGUCGCGCUCCGCGCAAGCUCCUCCUCCGCGGCGGCGGCGGGGGCGCCGUUCCUCAGGUUCCACGCGCUGCCCUUCGCGCCAGAGGAGCACGGCCUGCCGGCGGGGGCCGAGUCCGCCGACACCGUCCACGUCCGCCACUUCCUCGCGCUUUUCCAGUCUACCGAGUCGCCCGCGCUCCAAGCCGCCUUCGACGCCUUCCUGGCCGGCGUCUGCGUCGACGCUGCUGAAGAAGAACCGGUCGUCGUCGUCGCUGACCCCUUCCAGGCGUGGACGACCGCCGCCGCGGGCCGGCGCGGAGCAGGCCACGCGUUCCUCGACUCCUGCGGCGCGUUCGGCAGCGUGGUGUACCACUCGCUCUGGAACCACCUCCCGCACCGGCGCGCGCCCGGAGGCGAGGCGGAGGCGUUCUGCGUGCCGGACCACCCGGAGGUCACGGUCCACCGCUCGCAGCUCCCGGCGCACCUCCUCCUCGCCGACGGCACGGACCCGUGGUCCGCCUUUCAUCGCCGGCAGAUAGCGCUCGGGUACGGCACCGACGCCGUGCUCAUCAACACCGCGGAGGAGUUGGAGCCGGCCGAGCUGCGACAGCGUCAUGCGGUGGCUGGACGCCCCUUACGGCCAGACCAAAUGAUGGAACUGGCCGCGGCGCUCGAGCUCACCGGCCGGCCAUUCCUCUGGGCCAUCCGGCCGCCCGUCGGGCUCGGCGACGACACCGAAACGUUCGGAUUGGACAAGUGGCUGCCGGAAGGGUUCGAGGAGAGGGUGCGCUCCAACGACACGGGUCUCCUGGUCCGCGGGUGGGCGCCGCAGCUGAGCAUCCUGGCGCACGCGUCGACCGGCGCGUUCCUGAGCCACUGCGGGUGGAACUCGGUGCUGGAGAGCGUGGCGCACGGCGUGCCCAUCAUCGGGUGGCCGCUGCAAGGGGACCAGUUCUUCAACUGCGAGAUGCUGGAGCGGGAGUGGGGCGCCUGCGUCGAGGUGGCGAGGGGCAACGCCGAGGGCUCGUCGUCGACGGUCGAGCGGCAGCGGCUGGCGGAGGUCCUGGAGACGGUGAUGGGGGACACCGCGAAAGGGGCUGAGAUGAGGCGGCGCGUGAAGGAGAUUCAGGAGCUGAUCGGCAGCACCCAAGGGAAUGGCGGUGCUUCCUCCGCGGAAGCGUUAAAGAAACUGUUCACCGCGAUGCUGCAUGCUACAGAUGCUGCUGCCUUGGAGUGCUGA